CCUUGGUUCAUAAUAUGGUAAAAUACGCCGUAAAGGGGAUGUUCCACUGCUCUUUGACCACAGCAAGGCUCCUCCCUAGUACACAGAGCAGCCACCCGCACAAACAGGCAAAUAACUGAUGGCAGGAGGGGGGGAUAAAACAACAGUAUCUAACAAAGUCACACAGAAGAGAGUAAGAGAGUAAUUAAAUAAUAAUAAGAAAAGUGAGUGAAAAUGUCAAAUUUGAAGUUGCCAGCGGCAGUAUGUAUUUUGGCCUUAACCGGGCGCUGUAGCUUUAAAACACCGCAGUGCCGCUUGGGUAAUAUAUGGUAUGUGUUUUGAGCUACGAAUGCACAGAUGGUCGCAUUUCCCAUGGACAUAUGAGCAUCAAAUGCUAUGUAUGUAGGAUAAUUUUAAUUCGUAUGUGACUGUGCAAUGUUAUCUCCUGUCUGUUUUAAUAAGAACCGCAACAAACAGGGGAAAUUCAUUAUUUACUGUCUCUAGCAUAUGUGCAAUUAAAACAGGGGCUACGUCGCUAAAUUAGCUUCCAGAACGGAAAGAAUAAGACUUUGACUAAAGCUGUUAACGUACAGUUUAAUAAACCACCUUGUAAGAUGAAAUGGCCAUGUCUUUAAUGUCGUAAUGCAUAGUAUUAGUAUUUAUGUUCCCUAUUUGGCUCGUUAAGUUAAAAUUAUAGGCUGCUCUUUGUUACCAAUCGCAACGCUAUAUUGAUUGGUUGACUGGAAAGAUCGGGAAGCAGCUGUAAAAACAAAAAUGGAUGAAGGUGCCGAAAAUGUUGACAACGACGACAUUGUCAUCAUCGUGGAAAACGAAGCAGAAAGUUUACCAGCCGAGGAGGAGAGGCUGAAACAGCAAGGCACCUUCGGGCUCAUGGACACAUGUCCCAUCUGCAAGUUGAGCUUCCACAACAGAGAGCCCAAACUCCUGCCGUGUCUCCACUCCUUCUGCAAGAGGUGCCUGCCUGCCCCCUUCAGGAGUGCUGACCCGAGGCGUGACUCGCAAGGUCAAGCUGACAGCAACAAACCAUUGGGCGCCAUUCGAUGUCCAGUAUGCAGACAGGAAUGCUGGGAGAUGGACGUGCUGGAUAAUUUUUUUGUCAAGGACUCUGCUGAGGUGCCGAGCAGCACUGUGGAGAAAACCAGCCAGGUGUGUAUGAGCUGCGAUGACAACACAGAAGCAACAGGUUACUGUGUGGAGUGUGUGGAGUUUCUGUGCGUGACAUGCAUUGAGGCCCACCAAAGGGUCAAGUUCACCAGAGAUCACACCAUACGUCAGAAGGAAGAGAUGUCUCCAGAAGCAGUAGGUAUUUCCACACAGAGGCCCGUGUUUUGUGACAUCCACAAGCAGGAGCCUCUGAAGCUGUUCUGUGAGACGUGCGACAGACUCACCUGUCGGGACUGUCAGCUCCUUAAGCACAAAGAUCACAACUACCAGUUUUUGGAUGAUGCAUACAGAAACCACCGGCAGUAUCUGGAGAACAUGACGCAGCAGUUACAAGAGAAAAGAAAGGCCAUCGAGGAAGUUUCCAGCUGUAUCAGCAAUGGACUCCAACAAGUUGAAGAAAACCGGAAGGCUGUAACUAAUGAAAUAAAGAAGUCCAUCUGUAAUUUGAUUAUGGAGAUAAACAGGAAAGGGAAGAUUCUGGUUAACCAGCUUGAGGGUCUCACUAAGGACCAUGAGUUGGGUUUGAAAAAGCAGCAGGAGGACAUUAACUCCCUGAGUAGGCACCUGGACCACGUUAUUAGCUUCACCAAAUGGGCUACAGGCAGCCAUAGUGGAACAGCCCUCCUGUACUGCAAGAGACUGAUCCUUUUCCAGAUCCACUACCUGAUGAGAGCCAGCUGUAAUCCCUCCAUUGUCCCUCAGAGUUCUGUUCGCUUCCAGUGUCGCUCUGGUUUCUGGGCCACAAAUGUAGACCUUGGUUCUCUGAUAGUAGAAAGGGGCCCCGGACGGCCGCCCAUCCCCAACCACCAAGCAGCUCCCAGAGCAGAGGCACCUACUGGAGGCCUGUCAGUCUCAGCACAGCAGCGACAGAGCACGCUGGCUCAGCUCCAGAUGCAGGUUGACAAGCUUUCCCAACAGCCCCACAGACAGCCCCCUCCCAACCACUGGUCCUGGUACCAGAAUGUCAGGCUCCCGGGACCUCCCGGACCUCCACCCCCAACCAGGCCCAUCCACGGAGGGUCUUCCCCCUCCCAGGGACCCCCAAGCUUGACACAACCAGGACGCAGGUAUGGGAGCUCCCACCCUAACCCCAGAAGCCCCACCUCCUCCAUGCUUCACAAUACAGGAUUCCCACCUGCUCAGUCUCUGAGAGAUCUGAUCCAUAGCUCCAGCUUCCCUCCUAAACCCAUGGACGUGUUGCAGGGUACUUCCCGCUACCCACAGCCUCUGUCUGCUGGAGCAGCUACACAGACUACACUACACCAGAGGGGCCUACCCGAGUCCUCCUUCCUGAAGAGGAGUGAAUCUAGCGGAUCUGUCCCCUCCAUCACCAUCUCUAUCCCUAAACCCAGCUACGCUCCAAGCCUAGCCUCAGCAACCGCAGACAAAACAAGCACACUUAAUCACAUAACAGUUCAAGGAAGGCAGAACUCCCCCAUGGCCAAACCAUCCUCUUCAGACAGAAGCAUGGGGACGUCUUCAUGGAAGCAGACUUCUGAGCCGCCAUCUGCCCCCACAGCCAAACGACGAAGGAGGUCAUCGCCAGGGCCCGUUAUUGUCAUCAAGGAUGAACCAGAGGACGAGGAUGAAGUUCAUUUUGUGCAGUCCAGUGUGGGGUCCAGCCUGCCUGACAGCAGCACGGGGGCUCAGUCGAAGCCCCGGCAGCAGCAGAAGGUGUCUGUCCCAGUCCCAGUUCCUGGGUCAGAGUCCAAAGUUGGGAAAGAGCAGCGUCCUCAGCCCACUGCACAGCCGCAGUCUGAGAAGAGAGUGGAGCCAGAGGAAGAUCCCAACGAGGACUGGUGUGCCGUCUGUCAGAACGGAGGAGAGCUGCUCUGUUGCGACAAGUGUCCUAAGGUUUUCCAUCUGUCCUGCCACAUUCCCACGCUGAAUGAGUCCCCCAGUGGCGAGUGGUUCUGUUCGUUCUGCCGUGACCUCGUCUCGCCUGAGAUGGAGUACAACAGCGACAGCAAGGAUGAGGCUGUCUCUGAAAGAAUCCCACCUGUUGAUAGAAGGAAGUGUGAGAGGCUGCUACUACGUCUGUUCUGCAAUGACUUCAGCACUGACUUCCAGCAGCCUGCUUCUCCAUCGGAGACCAAAAGGUACAAAGAGCUGAUCAAGACCCCAAUGGAUUUGUCAGUAGUGAAGAGGAAACUCGAGUCAAACUCGAAAGAUGGUGAAUGUUAUUCUAGUCCAGAGGGAUUUGUUGCAGAUGUCAGGCUUAUAUUUUUCAACUGUGCAAAGUACUACAAGGCGACCUCAGAAGUGGGGAGUGCAGGCUUGUACCUGGAGGACUACUUUGAGGAACAGCUGAAGCUGAUCUACCCAGAUAAGGUAUUCCCCGGUGGGAGGGAAGAACAGAUGAUCCCUCCUUUAGAGGAUGAGAUAGACGAAGAAGAAGAAGCAAUGAUGGAGCAAAGUGUUGCACCCGAAGGCGAUAAAUCUCCAAGUCCUGCAGGAAAAGGAAUCCCUCCUGUAGAGGAGGACUUGGCUCCUCUGGAAGAAGCGCAAGCCCCAGCAGAGGAAGAGAAGUCGGAAACAGAAGAGAAGGCUACUGACACGAGCGAAAAGGAGAUGGAGAGAAAGGUAGAAGCUACUGAGAAAGGCACGCCUUCAGGAGAGGAGGUAAAGCAGGAUGAGAAAACUCCUUUAAAGGAAGGGAAAAGCUCUCCUUCUGCCAAUAGUGAAAAAAAGGAUGGAAUAGCUCCCAGCUCCCCAAAAGAGGAGAACCGUGAGCUCCCUACUGACAAGACUGUAGAUCCACCUGAAUCCAAGGAAAAGGAGGUGGCUCCUGCAGAUGCGGCCAAACAGAAGGAGGGAUAGAUGGAUUACACCAGAGAGAAACUCUACAAAAGAUGGAUGAUUUCAGUCUUCCAUGGAAUUGGCCCCAGUGGGGACCGACAUUCGCUGCAAUCAGAUAAUUUUUGUACUAUGUUAUAUUUGCAAUAGGAAAAAAGGGUACAGCUGUACUAAACAGACUUAUUUAGUAGCAGUGACGCUGUAGAUGCACAUUGAACGGAGU